GCUCUAAAAAGUGUUCUUAACUCGACGGCGCUUCUUUCUUGAUACAAGCGUAUACAGGAGAGCGUAGUCAAACGUGAUCUCCAAGCAAGCAACCUUUCUCAAUAUUUAGACCCGCCCUAUAUUUCUGCCCCUUUUAUAAUCUCUAUAUCCUCUUUCUCUUUGAGCCAACCAGUUAGGGAAAUCAAACUCAGUUCAAUAAUUGAAUCGUACAGACUACAUACAGAAGAAGCAAAUCUGGAAGAUUAAAUUCUCUCUUUCAAGUUGAUUCAGAAUCAACUAGCUUUACCUUUCUUAACCCUUUUUCAUCUCGUUUUUGUAGGGAGCUCAUAUUGUAGGAGGGUUUCGAAGAAAAUUAAAAGGCGUGUAAUGACUAUGAGGAGAAGGGGAUUGAAUAAAUCACGCCAACUAUAACUAUUACUCAAAGGACUGGUGUCACUGACACAAAACUCACCGAAGAAAUUCGAACUGUAACAUGCCCCUCCUGGGACCUUAACAUGGAAUUCAAAUAUCAGGGUGGAAUUCAUGACUGGCCGAUGUUACCUGCUGGAGUGAAAUUUGACCCAAGUGACCAAGAAAUACUAGAGUAUUUAGAGGCUAAAGUGGGGUCUGAUGCUGGCAAGCUUCAUCCCCUUAUUGAUGAGUUCAUACCAACUAUUGAAGGCGAGAAUGGGAUUUGGUCUACGCACCCAGAAAAACUACCAGGAGUGGGCAAAGAUGGACAGAUCCGCCACUUCUUUCACAGGCCAUCAAAAGCAUACACAACAGGAACAAGGAAAAGAAGAAAGGUUCACACAGAUGAAGAAGGAAGUGAAACAAGAUGGCACAAAACGGGAAAAACUAGAGCUGUUUUUGCAGCUUGUGGUGCUGUGAAGGGCUUUAAAAAAAUACUAGUACUCUACACCAACUAUGGCAGGAAAAGGAAGCCUGAGAAGACUAAUUGGGUGAUGCAUCAAUAUCAUCUUGGCAGCACUGAAGAAGAGAAAGAUGGAGAAUUAGUUGUUUCAAAGAUCUUCUAUCAGACACAACCCAGACAAUCCGGUAAUAAUCCCAAUAUCAUAGAGGAGCCGUACGAGAAAAUGUUGAAUGCUGAUUUUAGGGGUCACAACAACAAUACAUCAAUACCUAAAACUACAACUAUGGUGGAUUGCUACAAUGUUCCUUACAUAAAUUAUGAUGAUGUCCAUUCACAACUAAUUAUUCCCAGCUCGGUUGUUGCAGCUGAUGACUCUUACAUUCGCUAUGCAAUGGAUGCAAAGAAAGCAAGAUUUGAAACUAACACUGGGAAGAGUUUCUAGGUAAAGAGUAGAAGUGCUUGAUAUAGGGUUUUCCAUACUAAUUUAGUUAUAGUAUUUAUUAUAUGACCAGUUAUAGGAUGAAGAAAUUACAGAGUUGGACUAGUAAGUUGGCUUCCUUGUUGAGAUACGUAUGGAGUAGAAGUUUAGAGCCAGGCUAGGUAUAUAUAUGUAUUUGGACUACUCUAGUUUGAUUUUUAACUUUAGGGAACACGUACUUUCCUAGAAUGUGUUUAUAGAUAUUAAGAUGUAGUAGCAGGAUUUGUUAGAAUAUUUUUACCGAAAUACAUUGGAGAUU